GUAUAUAAAAAUAGUUGGCAACGCGGUUGGAUGUAUUAGUGUGGAUUUUUCAUAAUACUUUUUUUAUUUUAGCCACGAUAUUAUAACGCAAUACGUUUUUCACGCGUUUUGUUAUGUUUAAUUUUUCUUAAAGUUGGCUUGAGAUGUUAAUGUGUACAUUCUUAAACUAUUCAAAUUGUGUGAAUGCAAAAUUUCAUUAUUCGCAAUUGUUGACAGCUUCGUACCAGCUGAAAUUUCGAUUUUCGAACUGCUAUUGCUAUCAAGUACAACAGCUGAUCGUCAAACGUGCGUUUGUAAACGUUUAAGAAAAUACAUAAUUUUGUUCUUGAAGAACUUUGUAAACAUAUUAAGAACCAAUCUUUUUAUUAAUUUGCGGAUUGUUUAAAUAAAAAACUGUCAAAAUGUCUUAUAUGCUACCACAUUUACACAAUGGCUGGCAAGUCGAUCAGGCCAUCCUGUCCGAGGAAGAUCGCGUAGUGGUUAUUCGUUUUGGCCACGAUUGGGACCCCGCUUGCAUGAAAAUGGACGAAGUAAUGUACAGCAUAGCGGAGAAAGUGAAAAACUUCGCUGUAAUUUACUUGGUGGACAUCACUGAGGUGCCCGAUUUUAAUAAGAUGUACGAAUUAUACGAUCCCUGCACCGUAAUGUUUUUCUUCCGCAAUAAACAUAUCAUGAUUGAUUUGGGAACUGGUAAUAACAACAAAAUUAAUUGGCCGCUUGAGGAUAAGCAAGAAAUGAUCGAUAUUGUGGAGACAGUAUAUCGUGGUGCACGCAAAGGUCGUGGUCUAGUGGUAUCGCCAAAAGACUAUUCUACAAAAUAUAGAUAUUAAAUUGAUUAAUAUAAUUAAGCCGCCAAACAUCGCAUUCAUCCAACUCAUCUCAUCUAUCAACUAACUAGUUUUAUUUAAUUAAAAAAAAAUGACAUAAAUGAAAAAAAAAACAAAUUUUUUUGCGAAAUUUUUAUAC